AUGAAGCGAUUGGGUGCUGUGCUCGCCGCGUUGCUUGGUGCGCAUGCGGCCAGUGCACAGUGCUGUCCAGACGCACGCCUCUCACAUUCAGGCUUGUACGUCAAUCUUCCGCAGGCAUCAACACUUGUAUUGUACCUGAAUUCGACCGAGCUUGCGUUUGACAACGCGCGCGUUUCCUUUGCGGGCUACGCGAACCGGACGGCGCAAGAGAUUCGCGCGUGUGCGGAAAGCACAUCAAUGUACACGGCGAUUGAAGCGUGCGAGUUUGUGGAUACACAGCGCGAUGCCGAACCCAUGUACGAGUACCGUGUCUCGUCGUCCGCACGGCUAGUCGAGCAUGGGAUUCCUAUCACACAAUUUGCACCGCUCGCCAACGCACCGCUGGGAUGGAUGUUGGCCGAGUCAGAAGAAACAGUGCUGCGUAGUGUGCGCAUCACACUCAAGACACACACGAGAAAAGGCGCGCCGUACGAGUGCCACUGGUGGCUCGCGCACCUUUUUGUGCCGUCACAUGCUCGUGCACGAUGGCCUAUCGCUCCAAGCGAUGCGUAUACGCGCGAUAAUCGUGCCGUGCUAGGAAUGGUGCAGAACGAGUGGGAUGGCAAGGAGCCGGUCCGGAUCAGUGGACUCAUGCAGGACCCCUUUUUACCGCACAGCCGCAAAGAAGCGUUUUCGCAAGAAAGUGCGUGGUCGACGUCGUUGACGAUGCGUCUACGUACAGACGGGAGCCCUGUACAGAUCCGAGCUCCUGUACGCGGCACAAUUGUAUGGAGCCGGGCGUACACACGCCGCAGGCUACCAUUUCACGGAGGAUGGAACGACGAGCAGGAUUGGUGCAUUGUGGUUCGCGAUGCGCUUGGUUUUAUGGUGACCUUGUUUGGUUUUGAUGUACAGGCACCGCAUGCCCAGGAAGGGGAUAUGGUUGACGUAGGCGACGUGCUUGGCACCGCUCCCACUGGCUCCCUUUCCCACACCCCGCCCAACACACAACCGCCCGCCGAUCCGCCCAAAGAUGCAGCGCACGAAGGGUUUCUUCCAUACCCCUACCGCUACCGCGGUCUCCAGCUUCGUGUGAGCCGCACAGCGCGUGAGAGUGCGUGUGUGCAGGCUGUGGAGCCUGGCAACGCUUGCUUCCAUCCCGACGCACAGCACGCAAUCUACUACAAUCCCCAGCUCUUCCUCUCGCUCGGCACGUACCGCUCCAGCAUACCCCCGUUCUCGGAGCCCGCGCGCAUUCUUUUUUCUCCUUUCGUGUCCGCGGUGCUGACCGAGGAGCCUGUCGCGGUGCCAGUACACAGUGUAUCGUACAUCACCCAACUGCACGGCCCCGUCGAGCUCUUUGCCGCGUUCCAAAGCUUUCAGGAGACGCCCGGCCACGCCUCGGAUGCGAUGGAUCCCAUCUCGCUGUAUGCUUUAGAUUGGGCCGUCGUGCCUGUUGAUGCAGGAUCGCCUUGCGACGCGCCCGAGACGACGUACUGGCGCAGGGCGUUUGAGCACAGCAAACUUCCAAACGCGUGGAGCCACCCGAUCGGUGCACUGAACGGUACGGAAACGCUCUUGUCGCACUACGUCCCAGCCCUUGCGCUGCGCACCAAACUGAGCCCCCUUUUUCGCUCGCACAUGGCGACACAGUACGACGAAAAGGGCAGGUCGGCAUUGUAUGCCGUAACUCGCACACGACUCGGCGAGCCAUCGCGUGGCGGCGUGUGGAAUACGACGCAGGAGGAGCCCGGCAUGUACUACGUUGCAGUCCGUGCGUACGAUACGUGGGGCAAUGCGGAAUGCAUUGCGUCCUACGUCCGCAUUGCGAGCCAAGCGCCGCUGCACACCUGUUCGCCUACCUCCGCCUAG